UCAAUGAACAUCUCAAAAUGAAGUAUCUUCAAUUUACUUUAUUAACUUUAACCGUUAUGUUCCCAUACUUUCAGGCCGAAACCAAAGAACAAAACACUGGGUAUUUCGAGAAAGUGGAAGGCUAUGUUCUAAARGCAAAGGCUUUAAAAGAAAACAAAGUUCGCUCGGAUUUUGAAUGUGGUUUAAGGUGUGCACGAUACGAAGAAUGUUCUUCGUUUAACUAUGCUUUGAAGGCAGAUAAAGAGGGAUUACACUUUUGUCAACUACUCAAAACAAAUGAACAUGAAAAUCACGAGUUGUUUAGUGACAGCACAGAGUUCCAUUACUUCAGGCGACUAAAGUUAACAUGUGAGAGUCAAACGUGUCUUAAUGGUGGUACGUGCACAAGUGCCGCAGGUGAAGGUUCCAAUUACACGUGUAUUUGUCCACCCGGGUUUGUGGGAGACAAUUGUGAAACAGGUAAAUGGAUCAAAUUCAACAAAUCCCCAGUAGUCGUCGGCACUACAACCGAGCGGCCAGGAACAUUCAACAUUACACUAGAUGGAUACCUCAUCACGAUCAAACUAGUUUACAUCUCAGGGUAUGUUACACGCUACAAAGACAAACCAGAAACGAGAAGCCAUUGGUAUACCAACGCGCAAAACACAGGCCUGCCCUUACCAGAAUUAGGGAUACUUAUCGCUGAUAAAAACAGAAAUUUGGUUCUCCCAGAAAAGAAAGAUUUGAAUGAGGAAUCCCAGUAUAGCUACGCGAUAMCAGGGUACGACACCAUGUCGCCUGAAAUUGUGUAUAAAAAUUUCGCCACUCCUCGAAAGGUGAAAGCGUUUGAUAGGCUUGACAUAUGGUAUAGGCAGGAUUAUAUUAAUUUUUAUGAACUCUACUGCGAUGGCACUCUUGAAGUUGAUGUGUAUGGUCUAUAUGUUUGAGAACAGACACACCAAAUAGACCUUGCUCGUUGUGGUCCAAUAUUUUUCCAUUUCAGACCACGUGCCAUUCCCUAGAGUAUCAUUUCUUUGUUUAACUUGGGCGUAAU